AUUUCUCCAAGGAAUGUAACAAUGUUAACAAGAGUGAUACUAAUUUUCCUAUUGUUCGUCUUGAUUACUUUGGGCAAGAUCCCCAUUACUUACUUUGGCGUGUUUUCCACAACUUAGACUAAACGUUUAAGUGAUGUUUUAGCUGCAGAAAUAUUUUUUGUUUGGUCUCCUUUUCUGGAACUUGGAUCAUUUGCCCAAAAUAGGGAAACUCUCAGAGGAUGUAUUGCUGGCAAUGUUACCAUGCAGUUUAAACCUGCAUUGUUAGCUGACAAAGAGGUAAAGACCUACGUAUGGAACAAGAGGCGGGGCGUAAACAAAGAUCCAAGCUUUGCCAAGUUUGAACCAGGCGCUUCGCCAGAGUUUGAGAUAUAUUAUGAUAAUGAGCACCAGGUUCAGAAUCGAUUAAUCCACUAUCCCGAUGAGCCUGCUACGUUAUAUCUCACGAAUUUAAAGAAAAGUGACGAACAGCGAUACACCGUAUUUAUCGGCUAUGUUGAUUAUGUUGGAACACCCACAGAUUGGAUCAUAGACCUACAAGUACAAGAUGUUUGUUUUGAAAAACCCAAAGAAGUUGGCAAGUGUGCAGUAUCAACUUGUUACACAGGAGAAAAUGGGGUACUGAAGACCCCUGAUAGCACAGAGCUGGCAGUGAAUGGAUAUAAACAAGUGAAUGUGUGUGAUGACAAUACUUCAGGCAACUACUCAUGCUGUAAUACGGCAGGAACCUGUCUUGUUCAAGACUUCCUAGAACCAAUGGGAAUACUUUUUCCACCAUUUGUCCAAAAGAAGGAAGCUGUCAGAGGAUGUAUAGCUGGCAAUGUUACCAUGCAGUUUAAACCUGCAUUGUUAGCUAGCAAAGAGGUGAAAACCUACGUAUGGAACAAGGUCCGGGGCGUAAACAAAGAUCCAAGCUUUGCCAAGUUUGAACCUAACUUUUCCUCACAGCUUGAGAUAUAUUAUAAUGAAGAGCACCAGGUUCAGAAUCGAAUAUUCCACAAUCCCGAGGAGCCUGCUACGUUAUACCUCACAGAUUUAAGGAAAAGUGAUCAAGAACAGUACACCCUAGUUAUCAGCUAUGCUGAUUAUGUUGGAACACCCACAGAAUAUAGAAUUGAACUAGAAGUUCAAGAUGUUUGUUUCGAAAAACCCAAAACAGUGGACAAGUGUGCAGUAACAACAUGUUAUACAGGAGACAAUGGGGUACUGAAGACCCCUGAUGAUCGAGAAGAAACUGUGAAUGGUCUAAAAGUGAUAAAUGUAUGUGAAAACAGAACAACGGGGAACUAUUAUUGCUGUAAUUCUAAAGGAAGCUGUAUUGUACAAGGGGUUUUAAAGGAUGCUGAGUUAGAUGCUACCGGUACCUCCUCCUCUGUGGAAUACGAAGAAAGUCCGCAGGCAACUGAAACCGAAGCUGUUGAAGACGUUCCUGAAGUCGAAAAUUUCGACAAUACCAAUCAAAUUGUAAUACUUCCUUCUAUGCACAAUGCUGAAAAGGAAUCAGAGUUGAGGACCAAGGCCCGCACUUUAAAUGAACCCUCAGUAUCGGAUUCUCGACACAAGAAACGAAAGAAAAUUUCAAUUGAUGAAUUGCAAAGAAUGCAGUAUUAGGUUUUAUGUUGUGAAAAGAGACACAUUGGACUAAAGAAUGCGAAGAUUCAGAAGGACAUUGAGCGGUCAGAACUUGAAACUGAAAACUUGAGGCUGCGGAAUACCAAGUUGACCCAUGAAAUUGAGCUCUUAAAACAAAAUCUUGCGCAAAAUGAAAAUGCCUUGCUUGCAUUGCAAGCUUUAUCUGAUGAGUAAAAACAUUAUGAAUUAAAUAAGUACACAGGUCAUGUGUUAAAAUGUAAUUGUUUGUAGGUUUUUAUUUUUAUUUGUUACAUUAGAAAUAUGUUCUUGUUAUGAAGUUCCUGACUGCCAUGCCAUCCUCCGGUCCUUGAUAAUUUAAUUGCCCAGCGGCAUUAUCCUGUUGAGGAUUACCAUCCUCCAUCUCUUCCUUUAAACUCAGUGCAUUGUUGUGUAGAAUUGCACAAACGCCAAUGAUUCUACAGACUUUCGCGGGCUUCAAUCUAACCUCACUAUGCUACACAUGAAAUCUUCGUUUCCACCAACCAAACACCCUCUCGAUCGUGUUGCGCGUGCGACAAUGGGCCGAGUUAUAGCCCUCCUAAGAGGCGUUCGAUGGAUGAAGAUACGGUGUUAACAGAAAUCUGGAACAAGCAUACCCGCUGUCACCUAGCAAAUACCCAUCGUCUACUCCUCGAUGAUGAUUUUCGAGGUAUGCGCUGACUUCUGACGCCCGACAAAUGUGGCUGUCAUGCGUACUACCAGGCCAGUGGGCAUUGUAACAACGCACUUUGUAAAAUUACGCAGUUUGAAAAAAAAUUUCAAAGUGCGUUGAUUUUGGGACCAAGUCAACGCACUUUGAAAAAAUAUAUAUUUUUUUCAAUGUGCGUUGAUAUCGUCGAUAUGAACGCACUUUGAAAAAAAAUUUCAUGGUUUAGUGAAAAUAGUUGAUAGUUUUAUAUACAAUAAAUGAUUGUUUUAACCUUGUUUAGCUUAAUGUGAUAUAUUUAAAAAAGAACUAAUUGCAUUCUCAGCUAUUUUGAUAAACAGUUUCUUGAUGAGCCUUUUUUUUAUAUUGUAAGCCUUCUGUCCUACGGAUCCAAUUGAGGGCCAGCUCAAACUUAGUGAUGACAAGUCCAGUAUUUCUUUCUCAAGCGGUUUUAUUAAGCGUGAUCGUAUAGUUACAAUUACAUCAGCUAAUAGCAGCCCAAAUCAGGAGUCUCAUGAUCUAUCUCAAUAAGCGGAAUCUAUCUAAAUCUCUCUAUCUAUCUAUCUGCGGGAUCUAUCUUAAUCUCCUCAACAUCAUUUUACAUGGGUAUAUAUAACAUUUUACAUAUGAUGGACAGUUUUGACUAGUUCAGCCCAUUUACGACGAUCAUGAGUAAACAUUUAGUGUUCAAAAUUAAGAUUAAUAUUUUAUUUCUAAAUAAAGUAACAAAACCGUCAAAACUGUCAAUCAAAGAGUCUGGAUGCAGGAUUUGAGUCUCCGAGUCCUGGGUCUCAGAGUCCCCCACCUUGUAUGAGGCAUCACUUACUCAUAAUACGUUCAUUCAUACAUGGCAUAAAAGGUUACAGAGGUUAAUAUAUAGAAUACACAAUACAUGACUCAAUAUAGAGUACCAGAGCUAUCGUUACAGACACAGAAUCGCCAAAUAUGACACUUGUUUUUAAACUCUCAAUUUGGAUAUUAUUAUGCCCGUAUUAUUCACCUAGUUUCAUAAAAUCAUUUAGGAAUACUGCGCAGUGCUACAAGAUUCACAGAGUUCAUUCUGUUAAUUAUCAUUAACACCAUUCAGUGCGCAGUACCAAAGUAAACAUACAUAUCAUAGUGACCAUUAUGUAAUACUAGCAAUUCAAUGUCAUAGCAUGGCUAUCUGUUUACAUACGUCCCCCAAACAAAAGAAAUAUCCCGAAGGAAGAUUUCUCGUGCCUGGCGCCCGGAAUAGGAAAGCGUCCUUGAUCUACCCUUGAUGAGACGAACUUCCUAGUGACAUACCAGUCAGAACAUCUAUGUUAAGAGAUAGUAACAAGUGACAUGUUUCCACCUCCGGCUUGGAACAUCAUACAUCUCCAAAAACAAAUCUAUAACCAGGAUGUAUACACGUACAUAAAAUCAUAUGGCUUGAUUAUAUCGCAUUACAAUCAUGAAAACAACAAUGAAUAAAGUAUGAUAAUAAUGACCAAGAUGAAAUAACCAUAGUUGAAUAUAAUCGUAAUUCAUCAUCAAAGUAAUACUAAGUAUGUUUAAGCUUGAUGUCACAUAUAUACACAAAGUCAGUGCAUGCUUGUAAG